AGGGGAAUUUCUUGGAGACGUAUCUCGUUCAUCCCUCAGCACUACCACCUUCGGAGUUGUAAAUUCUCCAGGAGGCCAUCGGUGUGACCACUCGUCGACUCGGGUUCACUAGUGGCAUCAUGCACGUGGAGGCCCGGAUGGACCGAUCUUCCGUCGAAUACGGUCCUGUUGAUGGUGGGGUUGUGGACUUACGACCAACUGACCGUAUGGCGACAACCAACGCGCCCCCUGUUCCCUGGGUUCUGGAGAUCAACCCGCGGCCUCUAGGGCUGACUGCUAGUCGCAUAAUUGAAACGGUAUACGGGAUUGAUUACUCUGGAGUGGCGAUCGCACUGGCUAUCGACGACAAGGAAAGGGCCAAGUCGCUCUCUCGCCCGUUCGCGAAGGGGGCCCAGCAUACCGGGGCCAUGGUCCUGAUUCCCGCCGAGUUUGACCAGACCUGCGAAGGGAUCUUCGAUUCGGAUGACAUAUGGGAAGAGCUGCUAGCCCGAAGGCCGGAUCUAGGGAAGAAUAUUAAUCGUUACGGCUGCCUCGCUAAAAGGGGUCAGCGAAUCCCACACCCAUGUUCUGGUGCAAACACGGUUGUGGCUUAUUUCAAUGUCUUCUCCGAGUCAAGACAAGAAGCAUUAGAGAUUGCGGCGGAAGUGAAGAGGGAAAUGAGGUAUUCUUUCCGUUAGAAUGAUAUUGCAUGAGACAUAGUAUAGGCCUUUCAACGUUCAUUCAACUCCUUAGAU